ACUGUGUAGGACGAGUGUGACAACUUCCGCCUUCUCAAAAUGUCGGCAGUCGUAGCAGAUGACACGAAGACCAGCGAUGGUAUUAUUGGCAUUGGAGAAGAAGUGGGCAUUGAAGAAGUGCAUCUCAAUCUGGGAGAACUGGACUUGACAUCAAAUGAGUUUCUCCUGGAUGAAGUUGAUGUACACAUCCAGCAGAACCUGGAGGACGACAUUGUAAAAGAAGCCCUUAAGACUGGUGUGGACCUUCGUCAGUAUUCCAAGCAGAUUGAGAAGGAGUUGCUGGAUGUAGAGAAUGCCUCCAUACAAGACUAUAUCAAGGAGAGUCAGAAUAUUGCCAGCCUACACAAACAGAUAGCAGCAUGUGAUACCAUUCUGGAGAGGAUGGAGAUGAUGCUGAAUGGUUUCCAGGGCGACCUGAGCAGCAUCAGCAAUGAGAUUCAGACUCUGCAGGACCAGUCCAUUACCAUGAAUGUCAAACUGAAGAACAGACAGGCAAUCCGAGGAGAACUGAGUCAGUUUGUGGAUGAAAUGGUGAUCCCUGAAAGUAUGAUCACGCACAUAUUAGAUACAUCAGUAACAGAGCGGGAAUUUUUAGAACAGCUCCAUGAACUCAACCACAAGAUCAACUUUGUCAAAGAACAGAGCUUCAGAGAGGCACGGUCCUGUCAGGAUGUGAAAGAUAUACUGGAAAAACUUAAAAUAAAGGCAAUAGCAAAAAUCAGAGAAUUUCUCCUCCAAAAGAUCUACUCCCUCCGAAAAGCGAUGGCAAACUAUCAGAUCCCACAGAAUACCAUGUUAAAAUUUAGGUUCUUUAAUGAGUUUUUAAUGGCUAAUGAGCGCCACAUUGCCAAGGAAAUACGUGACGAAUACAUUGACACAAUGAGCAAAAUAUACUACUCCUACUUCAAAGGGUAUUCCAGCAGACUGAUGAAACUACAGCCCAUCCAAUUAAUGUUUGAGGAGAUGGCGACGCGGGAAGACCUGAUGGGUGUUGAAGACACAGCUAAAAAAACAGGCUUCUUCUCAUCACGUCCGUCAUUGAUGAACAGAUCCACUGUCUUCACACUUGGACAGAGAGGGGAUGUGUUGACAUCGGAGUUAGAAGCUCCAGUCAUUGUACCCCAUGCUGCCCAGAAGUCAGAUGCUAAGUACACAUUCGAGUGCCUGUUCCGCAGCCUUCACUUUGCGUUAAUGGACAACUGCUGUCGGGAGUUCCUUUUCGUGGUGGACUUCUACAUGGCUAUAGGAUCCGUGGCCCAGAAUCUCUUUGAUGCUAUCAUGGGGAAAACUCUCACUAUGUUCCUGAAACAAAUGGAGGACUAUGUGAAUGACUGUUACGACUCCAUCGCCAUCUUUCUGUGUAUACACAUCAUAUACAGAUAUCGGACCAUGAUGCAGAAGAGAAGUGUACCAGGCUUAGACAGGUACUGGGAUGCGUUGCUGAACGCCAUGUGGCCCCGAUUCGACUACAUCCUGCAGCUCAACAUUCAGAGUGUGAGGGACUGUGACCCACAGAAGCUUCGACACAUCGAUGUCAGGCCACAUUACAUAACACGACGCUAUGCCGAGUUUUCUGCUGCCAUUGUUGGCAUCAACCAGUCAUAUCCAGAUGAGCGAGUUGACCGUCUGCUUGGACAGCUGCAGUCAGAAGUUGAGAACUUCAUCCUCAAGAUGGCCGCCGAGUUCCCACAACGCAAGGAGCAGCUGGUGUACCUCAUCAACAACUACGACAUGAUGCUUGCUGUGCUCAUGGAACGGACUGCUGAGGAUUCCAAAGAAACUGAAAGUUUCAAAGAGUUGCUUCAGGCUCGAACCCAGGAAUACAUUGAGGAGAUCCUGGCACCUCACUUCGGGGGAAUGAUCACUUUUGUCAAGGACUGUGAGGUCAUCCUGGAGAGAGGGCAAGCUGAGCAGCUCAAACAAGAAGAGAGACGGGUGCAGCAGAUUGUGCGCGGUUUCAACAAUGACUGGAAAAAAGCUCUGGAGACUAUCAACCAGGAUGUGAUGCGCUCCUUCACCAACUUCAAGAAUGGCACCCAGAUACUACAGGGUGGCUUGACACAACUCAUCCAGUACUACCACGGCUUUCAGAAGGUUCUCUCGCAGGGACCGUUACGGAACUUCCAGAUUCGAAACGAGCUCAUCAACAUCCACCAUGUCAUGGUAGAGGUGAAGAAAUACAAGCCCAACUUCUGAUGAUGGCUGCCAGAUAUACUGGGGAGACCUUCUUCACAACCAGCACCUUGCAAUAGACCAUGUAGUGAUCCACCAAGCAUGGUUAGCAGCUGAACGAUGACAUUUCACUGUGAUGAACUAUGUGCUUGCUAUGU